AUGGUGGUACUUUUGACAAUGUGUGAUCCGUGCUGUAAAGAGGUUAUCAACGUCUCGCGAUGUGUGUAUAUCCAGUCGGUCAGAAAGGGUCAGACUUACGGUCGGAUUCUGUUCUGGCCAGAUAGUGAUGAAAGCACGAGGAAAUCUGCGACGUGCAUUGUUAUCUAUGGAAGCGGUGAAAAGGAAGGGAGUACCUAUCAAAGACCUGAAACAACUGCUUGGAUUCUAAAGGUGCCUGAACCAGAAUGGGAGAUCUACCUUCGAGAAACUGCCGAUUUGAUGAUCAAAAAGCAAAAUAAUGAAGAACAUCCUCGCAGUAAGUACUGGGUGCGAGAACGCUUGUAUGAACUGAUCUCUCGUUGUAUACAACCGAAUCUCAUAUUUUCGUAUCUACUUCGAGAGUUGCUGAAGCGCACUCCGUCAUCAGCUAGGCGGGAAGUGAUCGAGAUGGCUGCUCUCUAUGAACAUCGGCUCACAAGAGGACAGAAGGCCAUUAUUCACCUCGAAGCUUUUGUUGUCGCAUUCAUGGACAUCUAUCUGAACAGCAUUAACUCUAACGCGGUGGAGACCUAA